CGCCAUGGCGUGGAGAGCGGCCCGGCUCCGCGUUACGGCCCCGCUGCUGCUGCGGCAACGCGGGAUCGCGUCCUGCAUCGACCUGUCUGCUGGUCUGACAGAGGAGCAGAAGGAAUUCCAAAAAGUGGCCCUUGAUUUUGCCACCAGAGAGAUGGCUCCCCACAUGGCUGAGUGGGAUGAAAAGGAAAUAUUUCCUGUGGAGACAAUGCGAAAGGCAGCCCAGCUGGGAUUUGGUGGCAUCUACGUGAAACCAGACGUGGGUGGCUCUGGAUUGUCACGUCUUGACACCUCCAUCAUCUUUGAAGCCUUAUCAACAGGGUGUACCAGCACCACUGCUUACAUGAGCAUCCACAACAUGUGUGCUUGGAUGAUUGACACCUUUGGCAAUGAGGAACAGAGGCACAGGUUCUGCCCAUCGCUCUGUAGCAUGGAAAAAUUUGCUUCUUACUGCCUUACUGAGCCAGGAAGUGGAAGUGAUGCAGCUUCCCUGCUGACCUCAGCUAAGAGGAAAGGGGACACCUAUGUCCUGAAUGGCUCCAAGGCUUUCAUCAGUGGAGGAGGUGACACAGAUAUAUACGUGGUUAUGUGUCGCACAGGAGGCCCAGGCCCCAAGGGCAUCUCCUGUGUGGUGCUGGAGAAGGGGACACCAGGCCUCAGCUUUGGCAAGAAAGAGAAGAAGGUGGGGUGGAACUCUCAGCCAACUCGGGCUGUGAUUUUUGAGGACUGUGUUGUUCCUGUUGGCAACCGGCUGGGAGCUGAAGGGCAGGGCUUCAACAUUGCCAUGAAGGGUCUGAAUGGAGGCAGGAUAAACAUUGCUUCUUGCUCAUUAGGAGCUGCUCACGCCUGUGUUCUUCUGGCUCAGGAGCAUCUCACUGUCCGCAAGCAGUUUGGGGAACCUCUAGCAAACAACCAGUACCUGCAGUUCAGGCUGGCAGAGAUGGUGACGCGCCUGGUGGCCGCGCGGCUCAUGGUGCGCAGUGCUGCACGCGCUCUGCAGGACGGACGGGAAGACGCAGCCGUGCUGUGCUCCAUGGCCAAGCUGUUUGCUACUGACGAGUGCUUUGCGAUUUGUAACCAGGCUCUCCAGAUGCACGGCGGCUAUGGCUACCUGAAGGAUUAUGCAGUGCAGCAGUUUGUGCGAGACGUCAGAGUCCACCAGAUCCUGGAAGGUACCAACGAGGUGAUGCGGAUGAUUGUGGCCAGGAACCUGUUACAGGGGUGAAGCCAGGAGCAAAAUCCCUCUGUGGAAACAGCCUGCCUGCCUUACAGCUGGGCAGCACCCACACAGCCACAGCUGUGCUCUGUGCCUGGCGUUGUGCUGUGCAGCCUGAAGAUGUCAAUCACAGCUCCGAACAAGAGCCUCUGUCCCCAGAUCGUGGCUGUGGGCUGCCAUCCAUCCUGCAUGGAAGGAGAUCCCAAGCUGCAGGCAGAGCUGGAGGCACAGCCUGACCGCUUGGAACCAUUCUACCAAUUAAACCUUAAUUCAAAGGAACUAAUCGCUCUGCUUAAAACCCCAUCCUGGAGGCGAGGGGCAGCGCUGCACACCAGCUAACCACGAGCACAGCCCUCUGACCCGCAGCAGCAGCGUUUAUGGAGGAGCUCCCGUUGCUCGGCAGCACUCCUUGCAUCCCUGCACGCAGCCCAGCACGCAGCCCUCGGAUCGGAGCUCCUGCUGCGGGAGUACAAAUGUUGGCAAAUCCAAUUUCUUCCCCGCAGUUGUAAUCAGUAAAGCUGCAACGGUAAAUUGAU